CUCACUAUAUAUUACCCAAACACUUCCUUCGGUUUCAUCGCAUCUCAAAUUUCCUUUCUCACUUUCGAUUUUCAAUCAAAAUCUCAUUUUCUUUCUUUAUUCUCUCCGAUCUAAAUGGCACGUACCAAACAAACCGCUCGCAAAUCCACCGGAGGCAAAGCUCCAAGGAAACAAUUGGCAACGAAAGCUGCUCGGAAAUCUGCUCCGGCAACCGGAGGAGUGAAAAAGCCACACAGAUUCCGUCCGGGAACCGUUGCUUUGAGAGAGAUUAGAAAGUAUCAGAAGAGCACCGAGCUUCUUAUCAGGAAACUUCCAUUCCAAAGAUUGGUUAGAGAAAUCGCUCAGGAUUUCAAAACAGAUCUCAGAUUCCAAAGCAGUGCCGUUUCUGCACUUCAAGAAGCCGCUGAAGCUUAUCUAGUUGGUUUGUUUGAAGAUACAAAUCUGUGUGCAAUUCAUGCCAAGAGAGUUACUAUCAUGCCUAAGGAUAUUCAACUAGCUCGUAGGAUCAGAGGAGAGAGAGCUUAGAAUUUGUUAAUUUGUUAGGUGUUGUUCUUUAGGGAUCUGAAUCUGAUUGCAAAACCCGUGGUUACAAUUUUCGGCGUUGAAUGAAUAUCUUUUUACUCCUAAUUUACCACUGUUUUUGGGAGAAUAUGAAGUUUGAUUUUGUUCA